AUGCCUUCAAAUACCAAGAAUAUUCCUGAACUUUAUCAAUAUAAUAUUAAACGUUUAAUAAUAUUUAUUGUUUUUGCUUUAAUUCUUGUUGGUUCAUGGUGCUUGUGUGGUUCACAAUGUUGUACAUUUAAAUAUGAUCAUUCUCUUCAAAUAUCAAUUUGGAAUCGUAUUGAUUUACUUGCAUUUCGCUUUUUUAAUCGAUGGUUACUUACACAUGAUAAUUAUACAUUAAUUGCAAAAUUAUUUGUUGCACUUAAUUCAAUUGCUAUUGGUGAAAUUAUUACAAAUAUAAUUUUUAUUUCAAUAACAUAUUGGAUUUUUUCAUCAAAAUUUGUAUUUCAAAAUCAUAGACGUCUAUUUAAAAUAUCUGUUUUCUUAGCUAUGAUUAUUUAUGGAAUGACUGGACAAAUGUUAUUAUCAAAACUCUCAAGAGAUUAUUUAUGUCCAAAACGACCAUCACCAUCUGUUGUAUUUCGCUUUUCAACUGUUAAUCUUGAACGCCAAGCUAUAUCAUCACCAACGACAAAUUCUUUUACAAUUGAUCGUCUAUUUGAAGAAGCAAAAAAUCGUGAUCUUGUUAAAGAAAUUGCUUAUGAUAGUUGGCCAGGUGAACAUACAGCAACAAAUAUCAUUUGGUCUUUAUUCAUGUCAACUAUUAUUAAUCGUUCAUCAAAAUCAUUAUCACGAACAAAACGUUUUUUCAUGCAUACAAGCGUAUGGUUUUUCGCUAUUCUAUUUUCAGUUGCACGUUUGGUUAGUGGCGCGCAUUGGUUAUCAGAUUGUAUUGCUGGUGGACUCAGUGAAGCAUUAAUAGUUGUAGCUAUUGGAAUAUACACACCAAUAUUUCAAUGUAUUACAAGAAUCAUUUAUUGGUUAAUCAACAGAUCAAAUACAAAUGAAAAAAAACUUCCUUAA